GUGCACGUUUAAAAUCAACGUUCGAAUGAGCUUCAGCUGGGCUCGUGCGGCGACGCAGGGAGACCCGCCGGUGGGAGGCUCCAGCUGAAGAGCUGUAUUAUGUCUGAAGAAACUCUCUGUCCUCAGUAUGUCUUCGCCCACUUUCACGGACAUCUUCCACUGCGAGGACGGUGCUCACUCGAAAGACCCGUUCUCAUACGCUGACGAUGGGCUGAAUGAUAGUUUGGACGGAAGUUCAACAGAGUUGACUGACGUGUUUGAAGAAGAAGUUUGUGAGGUUGGGGCCUGGACUCCACCACCAAGUGAGCUGAGGCAGAAAAUAGCUGCCCAGCUUGAGUGCUACCUUUCUGAUGAGAACCUGGAGAAUGAUGCCUUCCUGCUAAAACACAUCCAGAGGAACAAGAUGGGUUAUGUCAGUCUGAAGUUGAUGACCUCGUUCAAAAAGAUCAGAGAGCUCACGCGCGACUGGCGCACAACGCUGGCUGCAGCGCGUACCUCUCAGCAUCUUGAAGUGAAUGAGGCAGGCACCAAGGUUCGACGGAGAACCCCUAUUCCUGACUGGCUGCUGUGCAUCCCUACAACUAAACUGCUACUGGCAUGGAACUUCCUGGACAACACCAAUUCUGCAGAGGUAGAGGAUGGUGGGUCAUGUGGAGCAGAGCAGCAGCAGGGCUUCAUGGAGACCACCAUGUCUGUGUUUGGUUCAUAUGGCACAAUCACUUCCCUUCGCAUCCUUCGCCCAGGUAAGGAGAUACCCUCUGGGCUCAAAUGCUAUGCCAAGAAGCACACUGAGCUUGGGCGCAAACUGUGUGCGGUGGUGGAGUACGAAUAUUUGGAUGGAGCUCGCAAAGCCUAUGAAGCUCUUAAAGCUGGGGAACAGCUGCAUGGAGGGAAGAGCAUUCGAGUGGUUCUCCUUGGUAGCCGUGGCACACGGAAGCCAGGAACCAGUCAGAGCCGCACAGAAGAGGAGUCAGAGGACGGCAUUGAGGAUGAUGGUUCCAAAAAGGUGAAUCGGAAAGCCAAGAGGAAUCCUUGCACUCUGGAAGAUUCAGCUCUUUGCAGCUCCUCUGAGUCAGACUUCGCCCCAGCCUCACCUCGACCUAACCGGAGAGUCUCCCGCCCACAGGCCAUGUACGGCAGCCCCUUGUCCAUCCCUCGGGUGUCUACUUUCCGUUGUGAUCCUUACAGGAACCCUCUGGGCAGUCCAGGUAUGAGCCCUCUCCUGCCACGCAAGCUGUUCCCUGGAGGCCAUGCUACCUCCCCACUGGCCACACCAGUGUUGAGCAGCACUCCUACCUCAGCCAUCAAUUCAAUUUGCAAGAGAAGCAAAUCCUCAGGGGAUUACUCCCAGGACAGCGCAGGGUACGCGGGGAGUCCAUGGGUCCAGCGGCGUAAAAAUGCUGCCCAAGCCUUCAACCCAGAGAAAAGCUGUUCCAUGUCACCCAGUCAGAUGAAUAGGCCGCUUGGAGUGCUGGUUGUGCGCCAGCCAAUGGGACCUGAUGGCACCAAAGGCUUCCACAACUGCAUUGGGAGAGGAAAGAUGCUGCUGCCAAAGGCACUGAUGCCUUGAUGACUUGCUGCAGUUGGCUUGUGAAUCUAUAAGGUAUCUAAAUUGAAGCACUUUUUUUUUUUUUUUUCCUUUUUUCUUUUAUUUAAUGUUUCACUACCGACCCCAACAUCCAUUGCUUAUGCUCAAGUGAAGAAUAUGUUCCUUUAUUCGAUGAACAAAUAUUUUGUAUCUGAUGAAUAAAUAAAGAUGACCAUGUAAUCAA